GGCGAGGCGAGCCCGAGCAAGUGCACUGCGAGGCGGGCCGCAGGGAGGUAGGCGCGAAGAGAGCGCGAGGGUGGAAGCCGGAGGGAGCCGCCGCCCCUGCCAUCCCGGGUCCCCGUGAGGCGCAUGGGGCGCUUGGAGCCGGGAUCGCGCGCGGGCUCCGCGCCCCUUUACCUGCUGCUGUGAGAAGCCGCGCGGGGACGCUCCCCAGACCCCGAGCUGCCGGGAGGAUGACCAUGGCCGGGGGCAGGAGGGGACUGGUGGCUCCGCAAAACACGUUUCUGGAGAAUAUCGUCCGGCGGUCCAAUGAUACUAAUUUUGUGUUGGGGAAUGCCCAGAUAGUGGACUGGCCUAUCGUGUACAGCAAUGAUGGAUUUUGCAAGCUGUCUGGCUAUCACAGGGCGGAAGUGAUGCAAAAAAGCAGUACCUGCAGUUUUAUGUAUGGGGAGCUGACUGAUAAAGAUACAAUUGAAAAGGUGCGGCAAACAUUUGAGAACUAUGAGAUGAAUUCCUUUGAAAUUUUGAUGUACAAGAAGAACAGGACACCUGUGUGGUUCUUUGUGAAAAUUGCUCCAAUUCGAAAUGAACAGGAUAAAGUGGUUUUAUUUCUUUGCACUUUCAGUGACAUAACAGCUUUCAAACAGCCGAUUGAGGAUGACUCAUGUAAAGGCUGGGGGAAGUUCGCUCGGCUGACCAGAGCACUGACAAGCAGCAGGGGUGUCCUGCAGCAGCUGGCUCCCAGUGUGCAAAAAGGCGAGAACGUGCACAAGCACUCCCGCCUGGCCGAGGUCCUGCAGCUGGGCUCAGACAUCCUUCCCCAAUACAAGCAAGAGGCUCCAAAGACUCCCCCUCACAUCAUCUUACAUUACUGUGUUUUUAAGACCACGUGGGAUUGGAUCAUCUUGAUUUUAACCUUCUACACCGCCAUCUUGGUCCCUUACAAUGUCUCCUUUAAAACCAGGCAGAACAACGUGGCCUGGCUGGUUGUGGAUAGCAUCGUGGAUGUCAUCUUUUUGGUGGACAUUGUGCUGAAUUUUCACACCACUUUUGUUGGACCAGCUGGGGAGGUGAUUUCUGACCCCAAACUCAUUCGCAUGAACUACCUGAAGACAUGGUUUGUGAUUGACCUUCUGUCCUGUUUGCCAUAUGAUGUCAUCAACGCUUUUGAGAACGUGGAUGAGGUUAGUGCCUUUAUGGGUGAUCCAGGGAAGAUUGGUUUUGCUGAUCAGAUUCCACCACCCCUGGAGGGGAGAGAGAGUCAGGGUAUCAGCAGCCUGUUCAGCUCUCUGAAAGUCGUCCGGCUGCUGCGUCUGGGGCGCGUGGCGCGUAAGCUGGACCACUACAUCGAAUACGGGGCUGCCGUGCUGGUCCUGCUGGUGUGUGUGUUCGGGCUGGCUGCUCACUGGAUGGCCUGCAUUUGGUACAGCAUCGGGGACUAUGAGAUCUUCGACGAGGACACCAAGACCAUCCGCAACAACAGCUGGCUGUACCAACUGGCAAUGGACAUUGGCACCCCUUACCAGUUCAACGGGUCUGGCUCGGGGAAGUGGGAAGGUGGUCCCAGCAAGAACUCAGUCUACAUCUCGUCGCUGUAUUUCACCAUGACCAGCCUCACCAGCGUGGGCUUUGGGAACAUCGCCCCCUCCACAGACAUCGAGAAGAUCUUUGCAGUGGCCAUUAUGAUGAUUGGCUCACUUCUCUAUGCCACCAUCUUCGGGAAUGUGACGACCAUUUUCCAACAGAUGUACGCCAAUACCAACAGGUACCACGAGAUGCUCAAUAGCGUUCGGGACUUCCUGAAACUCUACCAGGUACCGAAGGGAUUGAGUGAGCGAGUCAUGGAUUAUAUCGUGUCCACCUGGUCCAUGUCCAGAGGCAUUGACACAGAGAAGGUCCUGCAGAUUUGCCCCAAGGACAUGAGAGCUGACAUCUGUGUGCACCUGAAUCGCAAGGUGUUCAAGGAACACCCAGCCUUUCGGCUGGCCAGCGACGGCUGCCUGCGGGCACUGGCCAUGGAGUUUCAGACGGUGCACUGCGCCCCAGGGGACCUCAUCUACCACGCAGGGGAAAGCGUCGACAGCCUCUGCUUUGUGGUCUCCGGCUCCCUGGAGGUGAUCCAGGAUGACGAGGUGGUGGCCAUCCUAGGGAAAGGAGAUGUGUUUGGAGAUGUGUUCUGGAAGGAAGCCACCCUUGCCCAGUCCUGUGCCAACGUUAGGGCCUUGACCUACUGUGACCUGCAUGUGAUCAAACGGGACGCCCUGCAGAAAGUGCUGGAAUUCUACACGGCCUUCUCCCACUCCUUCUCCCGGAACCUCAUUCUCACGUACAACUUGAGGAAGAGGAUCGUAUUCCGGAAGAUCAGCGACGUGAAGCGGGAAGAGGAAGAGCGCAGGAAACGGAAGCAUGAGGCUCCCCUCAUCUUGCCUCCAGACCACCCAGUCCGGCGACUCUUCCAGAGGUUCCGACAGCAGAAGGAGGCCAGGCUGGCGGCGGAGAGGGGGGUCCGGGAUCUGGAUGACCUGGACGUGGAGAAGGGCAGCGUCCUCGCAGAGCACGCCUCGGCCAACCACAGCCUCGUGAAGGCCAGUGUGGUCACUGUCCGCGAGAGCCCCGCCACACCUGUGUCCUUCCCCGCGGCCUGCCCCUCCGGGGUGUCGGACCACGCCAAGCUGCACGCGCCCGGCUCCGAGUGCCUGGGCCCCAAGGGCAGCGGGGGCGACUGUGCCAAGCGCAAAGGCUGGGCCCGCUUCAAAGAUGCUUGCGGGAAGGCUGAGGACUGGAACAAAGUGUCCAAGGCCGAGUCCAUGGAGACGCUUCCCGAGAGGACGAAGACAUCAGGGGAGACCACCCUGAAGAAGACGGACUCGUGCGACAGCGGCAUCACCAAGAGCGACUUGCGUCUGGACAACGCUGGCGAGGCCAGGAGCCCCCAGGACCGGAGCCCCACCCUGGCGGAGGUCAAACAUUCUUUCUACCCCAUCCCCGAGCAGACGCUGCAGGCCACCAUCCUGGAGGUGAAACACGAGCUGAAGGAGGACAUCAAGGCCUUGAACACCAAAAUGACCAGUAUCGAGAAACAGCUCUCUGAGAUACUCAGGAUAUUAACUUCCAGAAGAUCCUCUCAGUCUCCUCAGGAGCUAUUUGAAAUAUCGAGGCCCCAGUCCCCAGAAUCAGAGAGAGACGUUUUUGGAGCGAGCUGAGAGGUUUGUGGGGGGAAAAAAGAAAAGUCAAAGACAAAAACCGACCACCCUGCCCUAGACACCACCCCACCACAUAAACCUACAUGACCAACAACUUUCAAAGUAGGCUUUUCCUGACAGAACAUCUAAGUGGGACCAGUCGCUUGGGCACACACUCUCUCUAUUCCUCCAUCUGGGAAAAGAUACGGGAAGAGGAGCGUGCUGCCACCCUGCAAGACGGCAGCUACACCUGAACUGUCUUUGCACAAUUUUGGAAGAGGGGGCAUGCUGUCUAAAGCGUAUUUUCCUUCAUUUUUAAUUUUUUACUGCCAUGAUAUUUGUAAAAGAUGAAAACUACCAGAAAAGAGUAGCAGCCAUUUGGGGAUUGGUGGGAGAGCACCAAGAACUCCUCAUGGAUAUACCACGCUGGGCUCCUUUGCCAAGACCCCCAAAGACUGCCGUGAGCACAGGGAUUUCCCAGCAUUCCCUGUCCUUGUACAGCCUAUGUCUGAUGUCACUGUAUAUUUUCCUACAGUCAUAAUUGUAACAAGCUUGGGAUAAGGGGAGAUGGAGGGACAGGGAGUGUAGAGCCUUUCAACUUUCUGUCUCCCAUGGUUAAGGCCAAAAAGCAGCUGAGGUGCUGUGGGUGCCUCCCAUAGACACUGAGAGCCGGGAAUCCUCAGGUCUCCUUUCCCCAAAGAGGUGAGCCAAGUGUAAGAGCUGGAGAGGGUCCCUUGGGAUCCAGAGAUUCUCCACAGCCUGCUCCUAUGGGACGGCCAGCGGGGAGGGCCCUGGAGGCCCCAGAUGAACCUCUGGCCUUGCUCCACGCCACUGGCCUCAUCACACAAGCCCCUUUGCUUCUUUUCCCUCUCAGUCUCUCUCCCACGUGUUCCUGUGACAUUCCUCAGGGUAUGGGGCAUCAGCAGAAAGAGUGAUGAGCCCAGAGUUGCUUUGUUAGCAAAGUAGACACAGACACACACAUACAACCUCAGAAAAAUGAUUGUAGCAAGUGCUAUGUUUAUAUUAUAAUUCUCACGGGGAUUGCCCUUCAGAAGUUUGUAUUUUGUCCACUUCAGGGUGUCCUCAGAGGACACGUGGGAGCCAGGCUUGGCCUUGCUUUAAAGCUAAUCUCUGUAUCUCCUACUAAAGUCAGUAGGACUUGAAGAGAAAAUGUGAAAAGAUUGCAGGACCGCGAUUGUACUUGCUUCGGAAGCUGGAAAAAGAGAAUGAGGCAGUGGGUUUUCCAGCUGUCUCUUUAUGGUGAUCAGAGAGGUGGCUGUGCAGCUGUGAUCCACGGGGAAGGUCUGAACUCAGAACGGUGAUCAUGGAGCCACCUGUGGGCCAUCCCAGUCCCUAUGCCAUGGUGCUUGGGGACACGCCACUGUCUCAUAGUCACCUGGGGUCAGGUCAUUUGUGUGCUUGGGCUUCUUUCAAUGGCUUCUGAAAAAGGAAAGAGAGGAGGUCUCUCCCAGGCAAUUGGGGCUAGCCCUAUAGAGGGUGUGUGCCCUGUAGAGAGGAAUCAGAACUCUAGAAGUUGUUGAGCAAGGUUGGAAGUUCAGCUCUAAGCACUCAGCUUUGAGAGAGUGAAAUUAGCAGUGCAGGUGAUCUGGACCAUGAGUGACAGGAUGGAAUCAUCCAGGGCACUGACCUUGGCCACCGUCCACUGUCCACCAUGUAGUGUACCAUGUAAUGGCAGCGACUCCAUUCUUAGCACCUCUGCCUGGCAUUGCUUCGUUAGAGAGAGUCUGGGUCCCUCAGUACUGAAAGGAACCUGACAAACCAGGCCUUGCCCUACCAAAGACAGUCAGUGUUUCUGAAAGCCACCUGUCUAGACCCACCACCCACCUGCUCAGUGACCAUAUGACCUAGGACUUGGCCCUCAGUUGUCUGUGCAGAAUGGGGCUGUCCUCUCCUGGCUCCCAGGGUUGGCCCAGAUGGCCCUGGGGAGCAGAGACCCCGUACAC